ACUGGCGGGCAGUGGAUUGGCCUAGCGAGGUUGCGUCUACAAGCGAGCACCCAGAUAGAUUAUUCAUUGUUAGAAGCUGUUUGGAUACGCUAGUGUCAAAAUUUAGUAGAACUUUUAUCUAUUAGCACUUAGAUUCAAACAAAGCCUAAGAGUUAUCCACGGAGUGGAUGUGUGUAGAAUCGCAACACAAAAAACUUACAUUAUCGGCAACGAUAAGGUUUUAUACAUGGACACCACGGCAUCAGGGAGAGGCGGCGAUCCUGCCGUGGCGACCGCCGGCGGCGUAACGGUACCGAACGUCCACAGCAACACCGACAGCAGCAACAAGACGCUGCUCAAGAGCCAAGCUCUGUACAAGUACGUCCUGGACACGACGGUGCUGCCGAACGAGCCGGAGUGCCUGCGCGAGCUGCGCCUCCUCACCGACAAGCACGAGAGGAGGAACAUGGCGACGCCCCCGGACGAGGCGCAGCUGCUGCGGAUGCUGAUCAGGCUGAUGGGCGCCCGGAACACCAUCGAGGUGGGCGUGUUCACCGGCUGCUCGCUCCUCGCCACCGCCCUCGCCCUCCCCGCCGACGGCAGGGUCGUCGCCAUCGACGUGAGCCGCGAGUACUACGAGGUCGGCCGCCCCUUCUUCGAGAAGGCCGGCAUCGCGCACAAGGUGGACUUCCGCGAGGGCCCCGCGCUGGAGCGGCUGCACGAGCUGCUCGCCGACGCGCGCAACCUGGGCGCCUUCGACUUCGCCUUCGUCGACGCCGACAAGCCCAACUACGUGCGCUACCACGAGCAGCUGCUCCGCCUGGUGCGCGUCGGCGGCGCCAUCGUGUACGACAACACUCUGUGGGACGGCACGGUGGCGCUGCCGCCUGACGCGCCCCUGUCGUACCACGACCGGCGGAUCUCGGCCGCCAUGCGGGACCUCAACGCCGGGCUCUCCGCCGACGAGCGCGUCGAGGUGUGCCAGCUCACCGUCGCCGACGGCAUCACCAUCUGCCGCCGCGUCGUGUGAUGGCCGCGUGAUGGCCAGGCCGGCUCCUGCGGCGACCACGCCCCGGCCCUUGUAGUUGUGGUGCCUGAACUCUGAACUGGAAUAACAACGUCGCUUUCAUCAAUUGCAAUAGCAUUCGAACUCAAGUCG